AUGCGCCGCCGCCCUUGGUGUUCCAGGUGCCGCAGCUCCCGUCGGAGUCCAGCCCAGCGGCGGGGAGGCCGCGCACCGGCGCCCGUAGCCGCUCCCCCGGCGAGCGCGGGGCCCUGCAGGUCGACGACCUCUCGGACCGCUUCGUCCGCGCCGCGGCGCGCCGCAGGCCCUGCCUCGAGCAGGGCGGGGGCCGGACCACCCCCCGCCGCCCGUCCCCAGGAGGAGCUGGACGUCGUCGAGGGCAACAUCCGGCAGGGGCUGAUGAGGCUGUGCCUCGGCAAGGCGGCACCGUCGCGGGAGCGGCGGCAGCUUCCCAUCAGGUCGCAUGGCAGGCACAAGCCGCAGCCGCGCCGCGUCACCCUCGACAAGGUGAACCCCGUCGGGGAGUCGGGGGGGCGCAAGUCGACUGUGCCCUUGUGGAUGAUGGGCGCCGCCACCGAGGAGCAGGUCAUGCAGGUGUACGCCGUGUACCGCGAGCUCCUGGAGCUGAACGGGCGGCACGCCGACAUGCGGGCAGGUUGCAACGUCGUCGUCACCGACACGUUCCGCUGCCAUCAGAGGGACCAGAGAGGCGUCCAGGGCUCCAUCGGGCUCCUGCCCAGCCAGUGGGAGGACGGCCUGGGGCCCGGCCGGGGCGUCAAGGAGGUCAACUCGCACAACUUGAGGAAGCUGUACCCGAGUCGGGAGAUCAAGGUCGGCUCUACCGUGGUUGUCAACGAGUCGUUCAGCUGCGAAGACCCCGCGUCAGACGUCCCCGUCCGAUUCCACAAGGGCCUCCACGGGGUCGUGCAGAAGUUCAACGCGCGCGGGCACGCGCUCGUCUCCUGGGAGGGGGGAGCCGACGACGCAUGGAUUCCCAAGACCGUCUUCCCUUGCCAUUGGCCGGCGGCUUGUCAUGGAAAUGAACGUCGGCUGCUGGGUGGUCCUCAACGACACGAUACCAUACAGAUACCCGCAGAAGUGUGA